AAAAAGAAUGAAAAAGAGAAAGAAACUGUGUCCCCAUGCAAUCAUGCAGUAGUUGCAAAUUUGCUUUGCUCUUUUCCCUCAAAAAUAAAUAAACCUCUUCUUCUCACACGACAAAUAAUCUCCUCUUCAACCAGAAUUAAACAAACAUGGUUAAAAUAGGCACUAAACUGCCUAAUCUCUGCUUAAACAGGAUUAGGCCUGUAGCCCGGGUGCGUUCGCCUCCCAACAAUGCGGAAGAAAAAAAGGACUGUUUUUCCGGCGGCGGUUGUGAGAAAGCUGCGGCGGCGAGUGGCCGGAAAAUCAUGAUCGUGGUGGAUCCGAGCGCCGUGGCAAAGAACGCGGUGCAGUGGGCUCUCAGCCACACCGUUCAGAAUCAAGAUUUGGUGGUUCUGCUCUAUGUCAUUAAGCCUUCUAAACAAGGUGAUAGAGAGGUUAAAACUGAUCCAAGAAUUCCUGCAUUUCUCACUAGUAUGCAGAGUAUGUGCCAAGUGAAGAGGCCUGAGGUAUGUGUAGAGGUUGAGGUGGUGGAAGGGAAAGAAAAAGGCCCUGCUAUAGUAGAGGCUGCUAGGAGGCAAGAGGCGGCGCUGCUGGUGGUUGGGCAGAAGAAACGGUCGGUGACGUGGCGGCUAAUGCUGACGUGGGCCGGCGGCCGGGUGGUGGCGGCGGCGGGAGGUGGCGUGGCGGAGUAUUGUGUGCAAAAUGCUAGCUGUAUGGCCCUUGCUGUGAGGAGGAAGAGCAAGAAAGUUGGGGGAUAUCUCAUCACUACUAAAAGGCAGAAAGAUUUUUGGCUCUUGGCUUGAUCAAUUUGGAAUUCCUUGUUUUAUUUGUUUUUACUAUAAUUUUUUAUUUGUUUAGUUACCUUACUUGGUUUGUUAUGGGAAAAGAUGAAUUUGAUCACGCAGCAGCUGUACAUAAAUUCACCGUGUUUUGGUAUAUAGGGAUUAAAGUGGUGCAUCUAGGAUGUGAAAAUGUGAAAUAUAGUUUGCUAAAUUGGGAAGUAAAUGAGGUUGUGUGUUAUAAUUAAAAGUGAGUUGGGGGUGUUAAUACAAAAUCUGAUUUAUAUUUAA